GCCAUAACCAAAUAAAAGAGAGAAUAAUGGCGAAAUGUUUGAUCACUUUGUUCGUGUUACUUCUUCAUUUAGCAGCUCUAGCCAAUGCCAGUUCUAGUACUGAUUUUCGUGCAUUUUACUUCAUCCAAGAGUGGUUACCAUCAUACUGUAACCAAAAGGGAACAAGUUGUUGCUAUCCACCAACGGGAAAACCAGCCGCAAAUUUUUCGAUAUAUGGGCUUUGGCCUUACCAAAAGGAUGGUAGCUCCCUUGAAAAUUGUUCAGGUUCAACUUUUAAUGUAUCCAUGCUUAAACCUAUAGAGAGCAUUCUUCGAAAGGAGUGGCCAUCUUUUACAUGCCCACAAAUUGGAAGAAAAUUUUGGCUCCAUGAGUGGAACAAGCGUGGAACAUGCUCAAAAUCCAUCUUAGAUGAAAUGGCAUAUUUUCAUGCAGCUCUAAACGUCAAAAACAAGAUCAAUAUCCUACAAAUCUUGGCCAAAGAUAUGAUCUUACCUAAUAAUCAAUUUUACUCUCUUGAUAGCAUAACAACGACAAUCUCUCAAGCCGUUGGAUUUCGCCCUUCGAUUUUCUGUAACCAUGAUGCUCAAGGGGAUAGUCAGUUGUGGCAAGUUCUGCUGUGUGUGGAUAAAAAUGGGAUGGAACUCAUCAAUUGCUCUACCCCUCCCCAGGGACUAGGAGAUUGUGCUUCUACCAUCAAGUUUCCUUCUUACUAACUCUUCAAAGCUAGAUGUUUUUAUGUGAUUUGUCUAAUAGCACAUUUGAGGUCUCACUUGUAUAUUAUAUUCGAUAUUUUUAUGAUGGAUUUCUCAUU